AUGGGUCACGAUGUGCCUAAGCUCAAGGACCCCUCCCUCCUGAAGAGCCAGACAUAUGUCAACGGAGAAUGGAUAGACGCCAAAUCCGGCAAGACCUUCGAGGUUCACGACCCAGCAACAGGCAAGCUCAUCGGCACUCAGCCUGAGAUGGACCGCGCCGACACCGAAGCAGCCAUCGCCGCCGCCGCAGCCGCCCUGCCCUCGUUCCGCAAACUGACCGGCCGCGAGCGCUCACGACUGCUGCGAAAAUGGUACCAGCUGAUGACUGAGAAUGCCGACGACCUCGCCACAUUGAUUACAUGGGAGAACGGAAAGCCGCUGGCGGACGCAAAGGGCGAGGUCGCGUAUGCCGCAAGCUUCUUUGAAUGGUUCUCUGAGGAGGCACCGAGGAUAUAUGGCAACACGAUCGGCUCGAGUGUUCCUGCGAAUCGAGUCUUUACAAUCAAAGAGCCGGUUGGCGUCUGCGGUCUGAUCACGCCGUGGAACUUUCCUGCUGCUAUGGUCACCCGCAAGAUCGGUCCUGCGCUUGCGGCUGGCUGCACCGUUGUUGCAAAGUCUCCCGGUGAGACACCUUUCACGGCUGCGGCGCUGGCUGAACUUGCGCACCGUGCAGGCAUUCCUAAGGGCGUGGUCAACUUUGUCACAGCUAUGGAUAAUACACCUGAGGUCGGCGAGGCCAUCACCACUAGCAAGACCGUCAAGAAGGUGUCCUUCACGGGCUCCACUGGCGUAGGCAAGCUCCUGAUGAAGCAAUCAUCUUCAACCCUCAAGAAACUGUCUUUUGAGCUUGGUGGUAACGCCCCUUUCAUCGUCUUCGACGACGCCGACCUCGAGAGCGCCGUAGCUGGCGCUAUCGCCUCCAAGUUCCGUUCCUCAGGCCAGACAUGUGUAUGUGCCAACAGACUAUACGUACAGUCUGGUAUCUACGACCAGUUCGCCGAGAAGUUUACCGAAAAGGUCAAGACCUUCAAGGUCGGUGCUGGCUUCAGCGAGGGUGUCACUCACGGUCCCGUCAUCCACGACCGCGCCGCGAAAAAGGUCGAUGACCAUGUCCAAGACGCCGUAAAGCAGGGUGGUAAGGUCCUCAUUGGUGGAAAAGGGCUACCCGAGCUGGGCAGCUCGUUCUAUCAACCCACCGUCAUCCGCGACAUGACCGCCAACAUGCAGCUCGCCCAGGAGGAGACAUUCGGCCCCGUUGCAGGUCUCUUCAAAUUCGACACCGAAACCGAAGUCGUCGAGCUCGCGAACGCAGCCGACGUCGGUCUUGCAGGAUACUUCUUCAGCAGGGAUAUCCAGAGGGUGUACAGGGUCGCUGAGGCGCUGGAAGUAGGAAUGGUUGGUGUCAACACUGGCUUGAUCUCAGACCCUGCCGCGCCGUUCGGUGGCGUUAAGGAAUCUGGCUUUGGCCGUGAGGGCAGCCUGUUGGGUAUUGAGGAGUACAUGACGACAAAGACUGUCACAAUGGGUGGCAAUGGGCAGCCUCUGCAGGGGCAGUAG